GUCGUCGCGCGAAGAGAGCGAACGCGAGAGAGACGAAACGUGCGAAGCGACAAGUGCGAAGAAAAUAAGAAGAUUGAUAGGUGAACUCGAGUGCGCGCGCGCGCGCGCGUGUGUCUGUGUGUGUGUGCGCGUUGUGCCGGUUUUUCGAUCUAGAUCUUGGAGCGAUUUUUGUGUUCUUUUCUCGAGCGUUCUCGAGAGCAAUUUCGAUUCCGAAGAUUGUUGAGAUACCACGGUCGAUGGACCGCGGAGGAUCAGGAAGUUUGAGCGAAAGUUUGGGAGACCUUGAAAAGAUCUUCAGGCUAACGUUCACAGUUCGAUCUUAUAUAUUUUAAGAUCGUCUUAAAUUCACUCCGAGAUGCUGUGCAGGCUUGUCUCAUUGCGCAUCAUCUUAAGAUAAGAACUGAGGACGAAUUCAAAUAUAAAAUCCGAUUAUAUAUACGUGCGCACGGGUCUUUAGAAAUAAUCGGAGUAAUCAUCACAGUUUCCAGACCAUGGUCUGGAAUAUUUUGAGAAGAUUAAUAUGCUCGCAUAUUACAGAAACGUAAAAGAAAGUGGAAUCCGUGUUGAAUAAAAAAAAAAAAAAAAAAGAAAAAAACAAAUCUCAGUACAAUAGUGUUUGCCGAUCAGAUUGCUGACGACGAAGAAUUUCGAUCGGGGUCUCGCAUCGAAAUCUCAUCGUCGUCGAGUGCUGAUUCGACGUUCGGAUUGCAAAAGUCUCUCGCGGAUUACGGAGGCAGCUAUGAAAUCGAUCGCCGGGAAACAUCGCUGCGAGAAAUGGUCGAGAUCGUCGAGUUUUGUGCGGGAUCGGACUAUGCUUUUGACGUCGAAGAAACGUUCGCGCGAUCGUGACGUAGAAGUGCCUCUCAGUGUUUGGGUGAAUAAAAAUGGGAAGAAGACAAAGAAUUUCGACUACGAUCGACAAGCGGAAUGUAUGGCCUGGCCCGUGUAACGUGCAAGACCCGUUCUUGGGUCGCAAAAUGAGUGCGAUCACUGGCGGUAUUCCCAAGAAAAGAAAGAAAUCAGAUGCAAAGCCCCAGUCGCAGAUUAAUAAGUGCCUUAAUGAAAAAAGACGACGGACCCAAGAGAACUUGUACAUCGAUGAGCUUGCCGAGCUGAUUUCCGCCACGGAUAUGAGCUCUGGCAAGACCGAUAAAUGUCAGAUUCUUCAGAGAUCCGUUGAACAGCUUCGGCACUUGACGCAACAAUCAGAGGGUUCCAAUAAUCUCGUACAACUUAGAGAAGUCUCAUCGACAAAUUCUGGUCCAACGAUAGUGUCCAACGAACAUUUGGCUUUUACUCUUGAGGCAAUAGACGGCUUUCUAUUCUGUGUAAAUUUGGAGGGCCGUGUGACACACUGUACGGAGCAUAUAAAGCACUACCUAAAUUACACGAAGGACGAUGUAAUCGGAAAGGAUAUUUACAACAUAAUUCAUCAUGGAGACCAUAACACCUUCAUGCCUCCUAUGUCUUCGCCUACGUUAGACUGGAGCGAGUCGCAAUUUCCACCUCGAAACUUUAUUUGCCGCUUCUUGGUGAAGCCUCCCGAUGAUAAGGACGAGACUAUGGAAGAGAAGCAACAGCGUGUAUCGAAGUACGAGUCUUAUAAAAUACAUACUGUUGUGAGGAAAAGCGACGACGUGUCCUCCGAUUCAUCAGACGGUAUUUCAAUGAUGUGCGUGGUGCGCAAAAUACACGAAAAGCCCCUUGGUACCAUCGAGCAAUUUACCAUCAAAUUGGAUACCACCGGGAAGAUUACCGCGAUCGACGUCAGUGGAUUGUCCUCCAGUUACUCCCAGUACCUAAACAAGGACCAUCUGGUAGGCACAGCACUUAAGGACUUGUGCCAUCCCCAAGAUCUCAGCACGCUCACGAAGCAUUUGAACGAUACGCUCCAAGUCGGGGAAAGUAUGAGCAAUGUUUAUCGAAUACGCAUUAGUCCUGAGAAGUUCGUCAACGUACAAACAAAGUCAAAAUAUUUCAAAACAAGUAUAAACGAUGACUUCGUGAUGGCUACUAAUUCCAUUAUCGAGGAUAAUGAAUUAACGCCUAUCGAGGGUGGUCAGCUUUCCAACAGUAAAGUGUGCUCAGGAUACUCCUCUAGUAAUCGUUGUGCAAAUAAUAGUAAUAAUAAUAACGGUAACAAUAACAAUAACGUUGGUAGCACGUUAAUGUCCGCCGCGCAUCUGAACGGUCAAGUGAGUGGUAUCAGUGCUCGCGGAAUGACGGCGGUCUCGCAUGCUGCCACGUCGUCGAACUCUAUCGCUUUUAGUGCGGGUGGUGCCGGCGGCGGCAGUGGCAAUGGUGGCAGCGGCACCGGCGGCACUGGCGGCGGCAGUGAUCCUCUCACGUCGUUGAGCACGUCCGCCGGCAAUCCGUUCAACCAGUUUUCGGGGAACAUGGAUCUGGAAUUCGAGCUCUUCCCCAGUUCCACAUGGGACUUGGAUAGUAGCGCCGGAUGGGCAGAUCGGCCAGAGUCGAGGGCGAGCGGGCCACCAAACUCACGGCCACCAUCCCAGCCAGCGCCGACAUCACCGAGUUCGCAGGGUACUUUCUCUAGCUCGGCGGUGGCUCCUCACUGCAGCCCCUUACGACCAUUCAGCCCGAGCACUGUCAGCGCCGCUCACACCUUCAAUAAUUCGUUCCCAUUUAGUCCUCUUCAGGAAUCCACCCAGACGUCUACGUUGAGUGGUAAUACCGCGAGCAGUGGCAGUGGGAAUAACGGAGGAGCCAAUAGCGGUGGAAUCGGCGGUAACGUCGCCACUACGCCAGUGAAGACGGAAGAAGGCGGCAAGAACGGAUGUCCUGCUAGCAACAACGGCAGUGGUAAUAUUGACAGUGUGACGAAGACCAAUAGCGCCACCGCUGUCGAGACUCAAAACAGUAGUGUUGUGUCUAUGGAGUCUGGCAGACUGAGAAACUUGUUAACCAAAGGCCCGAGCGCCAGUGAAGACAGUCAAGAAAAUACGAACAAUGAUUCGGACAAUCCGAACGAUCACAGGAUUCUUAAGAUUCUGUUGAAUCAACAGGACGAGGACGACUACCAUACGGAGCACAAAAUACGGAGCACGAUUCCUAGCAACGUGCCAAAAUCAAACAUGGAGCAUUCCAAGUCGUCCCUCGGAAAUCACAUGCUUCUCAAGUUAUUAAAUGAGAAGAAUGAUGACGAAGACGAAGAUACUCGCGCGGGAAUGAAGAAAAGGAACGAACUCUUACAGCAACUUAUGAAAGAUCAAGACGAAGAUAGAAAGUUGCAAGAACAACAGAAUCGAGAAGACUCCUCCUCUCAUCGAAGAGAUGAGUCUUCUCUCUUGCGGAGUCUCGGAUUUGGAAACACGACACCAUCUCCGUCGCAAUCGGGUGAUCAUACCGGUCUUGGUAGCACGCAGGUAGGCCAAAAGAGACCGGGAGAAGAUGACAGUACGAAUGUAGCCCCAAAGCGAUCUACGGAUGGAUCGCAUCAAGUAUCUUCCUCGGGUCCUCCUCCGAGUGCUACUGCGAGUAAACUAUGGGAGAAGAAUAAGAUGUUGGCUUCCCUGCUAGCGAAAGAACCGCAGCCAGUCACAACUCUACCAGUAGCCAUUGCCAAAACCGUGAUAGACAGUAUGCCACAGGCAACGCCGCCAAAUCUGCUGCAACAACAAAAUCAACAACAAUCGCAGCAACAGCAACAGUCGCAGAAACAGCAGCAGCCGCAGAAGCAGCAGCAGCAGCAGCAGCAGCAGCAGCAGCAGUCUUGGACUGGUGGCAGUAUGCAAGUUGGCAGUAAUAACGCGAUUACGACAACUGCAAUUGGGACGUCGGCACGUCCUCUCCAAAGCCAAUCGAGACAACUACCUCGUCAAGCAACCAAUACCUACCUCAGUCAUAUGCUAAGUCAGCAACAACAGAGGCCCCAAAUGGGAUUAAUUGACUCCGAGUUUACGAGUAGUGGAGAAUAUCAUCAGACGAGCACCGAUCCAAACUGGAAUCAGUCAGUAGACCCAGAUCUCUCAGAAAUACUAGAUCAAGUUAUUGAAAUUGUCCCGGAGGAAGCUAUAGCAGGAUUUGUAGCAUCUGUUGCAGCAUCUCUUCUAGAUACCAUUGAAGCACCGGAGAACAACGUCAUGUAUCAACAGCUGGCAAUUGACAGAAUUCAGAAGUCGUUGAUGUCAUGCGAGACUGCCGUGAAUUCGACGUCUUCCACCAUAACUAUGCCUGCUACGCCUCCAGCUUAUUCUACCGCGUUGGUAACUGCGCCUGUGACACCCGUUACUAGUCACAGUUAUCAACCACCUCCCAUGUAUCAACAGCCUAGAAUGAGGUUUAACACUCAACCAGGAGUCAGAACACAAACCGCUCAGUUUACACAACAGCAGUUGCAGUUGCAACGUUCUAAACUUUUACAACAUCAACAGCAGCAGCAGCAGCAGCAGCAACAGCUAAAGCAACGUUUGUUGCAACAACAACAGCAGCAGCAGCUGCUUAUACCGUCGAAUGCAACUGCUCCGGAUCAAAUCAGCAGCGGUAUUCAUAACAUCGAUAAUCUUUUGAACAAUACCGUUGCGCCACCAAAUGUGACAUUGCAGCGAUCGAGUGUCCCAGAUUCACAAGUCUCUCCAGGUUAUGGGGGAUCCGUCCAAAUGGCUACUGGUCAUCGACUCGGUCACUCGUAUUCCCAUCCGUCAACGAUGCCGCAACAUUCUAUUGUGAAUAAUAACUUCAACAGUGGUCAACAAGUGUCGGCCGCGGCGAGACUUUCGCCACAUUCUCCGGCCGGUAUACUGUCGUUCUCUCAUCCACAACCAUUAUCGCCACGAGUGACGCAAGGCAAUUACGGCAACACACCGAGAUUAUACAACAUGAAUCAGGUGAGGCCGCAGCAGCAGGUCACGGCGCAACAACAGUUGCAGCAGCAACAGCAGCAAAGAUCGAUGCCAUCGCCGGGGACACCAGCCUCUGCGCGGCAAUCUCCUUUUCCUGCCGAAGCGUUUCCUCCACCCACGUCACCCACGGCCAGUCAAUUUCCACCGGGUCCCAAUACAGGUGCCCCGAACCCGCCAACCCAGUAUCGGUUGCAACGAACAACAUCCACGCCUUCCGCCACGACUCAAUUGCCAGGUGGAAUCGGCUCGCCUAGGCAUUACGGAGGAGUGAGUAAGGAUCCUCUUCUAUCACCUAGUCAUUCACACUCGGCUUGCCCGGCGACACCUACACACAACCAACAACAUAAUUGUGCCACCAACACCCAACACUUUUCCAGUCAACAACAUACAUCUAUGCUAUAUCAACAACACACUAACGCCAACACUAUCAACACGGCAGACAUGCAGAACAGUCAGUUCUGUUACGAUCGAUCAUCAGUCCCGCUCUAUUCGUCUGGCGGGGAGGCUCAGGAUGCGAGGUCACUGCCUCCCGGUAAUCCUGUCAAUCACCAAAUAGGUGGCAAUGCCACGUCGGAAUUUGUGCGGCAAGAAUUGAGGCGGGCGAUUGUUGGCGCGCGAACGCAACAGCAGCAGCAACAACAACAACAGAGAGUUCCCAACAACUUGCAGAACAACCUUUCUGGUCAAGUUUCUCAGGACGAUCUCGAAGCGCUCGGUCUGACGUUCGAGAUGUCUUCUGCAGGUGAGGCUGUGGUUAACGAUGGCCCCGCCAAGAGCUGGGCCAUUGGGAGCGCCGGAAGUGCCCCCUCAUCCUCCAGGACUACUAUGGAGGAAGUGGCACGAGGUGAUCCGAAGUCGUCGUUGCUGCAGAAGCUAUUGUCCGAGUGACUGCAGGCCACUAUCCCGUUGCGCAGUGAAGGAUUACAUGUAAUAUAGAUUUGAGCGUACGGAGAGCGAAACACGGAGAUGUAGGACGUAAAAGAAAAAACAAUGAGCAAAAGAGAGAAUGUGUAAGUACGUGAGAGAAGAAGGAAAAGAGUUAUAAAAUACAUAUAUACACUCUUAUACGUAAUGGAUACUAUUGUAUUAUAUGUAAUGCCACACACGGGAGUCAGUAUUCAUAUACGUAUCACCAAAUACAAUGCAAAAACUAGCGCGCGGUGCUCUCUAGAAUGCGUUUUGUUCUUUGUUCAAUCGAGAAGCGAGAACGAGCAAAGCUCUCUUUACAUUCGACAAAUAUUCAACACAAAAGUAGAAUAAAAAAUGUAGUUGUGUUUAAUAUUAAUGUAUUAAAUAAACAAAUGCAAAGUGAAGAGAAAAAAGUAUAACUGUCUACAAUUGCAUAAACUUAUUAUCUUUUUUUCGACAAACGGACUCCGGCCAAUCUUUACAAAGAGUCUUUUCUCGUCAUGCUCGUUCUAGCUUCGCACGACUGAAUGUCGUAGUAUAUAUUAUAUAUAUUGGUAUAUAGGGUGCGGCAGGAAUAAAAUUUAAAAAGUUACACUCUCUUCCAUUUAAUAAAGCAAAGUAAAUGAAGUUAAUGAUAUAAGAUCAUUAAUAAAAUUGUGUGAAUAUGAGAGUUUUAACAAUUUUAUUGAAUAUUUGUUGUUCUGAAAUAUAAUUAAUAAUUGUUAUCAGAAAAUAUAUGAUAAAUAUAUAAUUGGUACUAAGGCUAUUUAAAGAUUAAUUAAGCGUAACAAAAAGUAAAUGUUAUAUCGAUUUUUUUAAUUUUUAAAAUUGACUAUCAAAACAAUUUUAUUCUACAUUCUCGACUUAUUUUUUUGCACAAAAAAUGACAUAUUUUUCGAUUGUCCUCUCGCAUCCUGUAUAUCAACGAUCGGAGACAUGUACCGAUGAUAAGCCCACAUCCACGUUUUAUCUGUCGAUUAAAUCUGUGUGUAUGUAUAUGUAUAUGUGCGCGUUGUUACGUGUGGUAUGUGUGUGUAUGUCGCGUUCUCCGUCAGUAUUUGGUAUCAACAAGAGUGGGAUUAUAAGAGAAAGGAAAACUAUUAUGUAGGUACCUCAAAACAAAAAAGGUAUACUUUACUAUAUACCAGUGGCUGUUGAAGAUAGACAACUAUUUAUAGGAUUUAAUUAUUAUAGAUAACUAUUUAUAGGAUUUAAUUAUUGUACACAAAUUGGAAAGAAAAGGAAAUAGAGCACUCUAUAUUCACACAUAUUCUCCUUAAUUUACCAUCAAUUUUUGACUAUUACAUUUAUAAAUAAUAUAUUUGUGAUUGUAUAAGAAUCUUCACCAAAAUAUGACAAAGAAUACUUGUUGUUGUUAAUAUGAUUAUA